UGCUGCGCGGGUCGCCUCACUCCUCCCCAAGAUGGCGGCCGCGGCACUGCUCAGGGGUGCGGCUCCAGGGUGCGGCGGCCCGGCCUGGAGCUGGCGGCUGCGCGCGGCCCCGAGGCGCCACCUGGCUCACAGUGGCUGCUGUCAGGACGCCGACUCCGCUAGCGGCGCAACAUGGGCCUGCUUCCUGCUGGGCGAGCGUGCCCUAGUGCGCGUGCGCGGGCCGGACUCGGCGCCCUUUCUCCUAGGUCUGCUGACCAAUGAGCUGCCGCUUCCGGGUCCUGCGGUUGGCGAGGCGUCAACUUCGGCCCGAGCGGGCUACGCCCACUUUCUCAACGUGCAGGGACGCACUCUCUAUGACGUCAUUCUCUACGGGCUCCCUGAGCGCCCCGGUGAGCAGCCCACCUUCCUCCUGGAGUGCGACAGCUCAGCGCGCGAUGCGCUGCAGACCCACCUCUUGCUGCACAAGAUCCGGCGGAAGGUUACGGUGGAGCCGUGCCCCGAGCUGCGCGUGUGGGCCGUGCUGCCCCGAGCCCCGGGGGACGCUGGCGGGGCGGUGCCGCUGCGGAAGAAGGCCGAGUGUGCCGCCAUCCUCACCCGUGAUCCCCGGACUGCCUGCAUGGGCUGGCGGCUCCUCUCCCAGGGUGAGGGUUCAGCCCUGGUGCCCGGGGGCCGACUUGGGGACCUCCAGGAUUAUCACCGGCACCGGUACCAGCAAGGUGUUCCCGAGGGUGUCCAUGACCUGCCCCCAGGAGUAGCGCUGCCCCUGGAGUCCAACCUGGCCUUCAUGAACGGCAUCAGCUUCACCAAGGGCUGCUACAUUGGCCAGGAGCUGACAGCUCGCACGCACCACAUGGGUGUUAUCCGAAAGCGCCUCUUCCCAGUACAGUUCUCAGGUGCCGUUCCUGGUGGAGGCAUUGCCCCCGGCGCCCCUGUGCUCACCGAGGCAGGGCAGGCAGCCGGCAAGUACAGGGCAGGGCUGGGGGACGUGGGGCUGGCCCUGUUGCGGUCUGAGAAGAUUAAGGGUCCUCUCCACAUCAGAACCUCUGAGAGUGGCCUUGUGGCCCUCACUGCGUCUGUGCCAGACUGGUGGCCCACAGCCACCAAGUAGCCUCGGGUGCCCCUGCGCUCCUGUAUGGGGCCUCAUCUACUGCACCCUGUAGCCAGCCCCCACUUUCUUGGGUGACCCAGUUGAAAGAACACACCCUGGAAGGGUCCCCAAGCAUUUGUGGGCCUCCCAAAGCUACUGACACGGCAGGAGAUGCUCCUGCAUGCAGCCCGGGUGUUCCCAGCCUAUCAUGCUUCCUGGGGACCGUCCUAUGCCCAGGGUGGCUGUUCCUUCCUGGAAGCUUUAUGGCUGGAGCAUCAGGAACCCUCCUGAGGCCCGAGGGUGGGUAGAAGUGAGCCCUGCGCCUGCCUCUGUCCUGAGCAGUGCUACAGCUUCCACCAGACCCUGGGUGAGAUUCCGAACCAUAUUGAUCUGGAGGUGGUUCAUCCAUCAACCAAGGACAAUGCUCCAGGACGCCUCCAGGCUGCCCACACCCUUCUGAGCCUGCUUGGGCAGGCUUGGGAAGGGAGCUGUCAGUGUCUGGGGUGGCUGAAGGGGCAAGUGGUCUCUGGGAAUUGUCUUACCAUGCUGACUGGGGGCAUGCCUGGAGGUGGGAAUCCUGUGGGCCAGGUGGAACGGCCGCGUCGGUGCGUAGAGGCACAGGCAUUGCUCCCACCCACCCGAGUCCUCCCAAGCAUGCCUGUGUGCUCAGGGGCACCAGCUGGGGGAGCCCCAGUGCCGUUUAUACCACAUCCCUGCAGCUUUGGCCCCACGGUGGCAUGGGCAGUCCCGUCCUCCCCUCCACAGCCCUCCUGAGCUCAGGGUAGGGAGUGGCUGCCUUGGGACGGCAGUGCCCAGGGUGCAGAGACGAGCUUUUGCUUGCUGUACUUGCUGCUGUUUUCUGAUGCAGUCACGUCUUCAUAGUAAGAGGGUGACUUACUUACCCGUUUUAAACCACUGACUUUCAUUUUCCCACUGCGAUGUGAGUCUCGUGGGUACAGGGUGUCCCACCUGAUGCCCCAGAGUGGCUAUUAAAGUGCGACCCGCAACCAGCCCAUGUGGAA